UUCAUCAACGGAAAGUUGACGCCGUUUACUUCCUUCUCAAUCCCAUCGCUCUCUCCCUCGUUCAGACGGUUGAUUAUUGGAGCGAAUUUGCUUUGCCAAGAUCUACUCCGUUUCUGUGGAUUCAACCAAAAGCAAAAGCCCCAAUGACCAAAAGAUGUCUAGGGUUUCGCCAAAUUUCCCAUCUUUCGCUGGUUUGAAAUAGCAAGCGCUCGACUUUGGUAAGCUUAUAAAUCGUCCUCUGUUCGAUUUUAUCAAUACCCAUAUGGUUUUAGUGGGUCCCAAUCUGAAGAUUGUGCUUGUGGUUAUGCUACGAUGAGUCCAAGGUAAUUUUAAGGGGAUUUGUCUUUUGGAUAAUCCCAUGAGGUGCUUCUGUUCGAUUGGGUGAGUCUAAAAAUUCCAGAAAUAAUUGUAAUCUUAUAGGAGGUGAGACGUAUAUUGAGUGGAAACAUGGGGGAAGAUUUAUUCACUGGCCUAUCAAUUGAGAACUACCACCCCUCAACAUUUUUAUCCAUGGAUACGAUUGCCACCUCCCACGAGGAAUCUGAGCGAGACAUGAAUCGCGAAGUUAUCCUUUCCUCCCGCCCUCCUGAUAUCAAUCUCCCUUUGUCAUCGGAUCGUAGCUCCCCACCAUCGUCCUGGCAUCACCAUGACGCAUUUGAUAUGUUAGAGGUUGGUCUAGGACAUCACAUGAACGACCCUGAUACUCUCAUGUAUAUGUCCAAGACUGAACGAAAAUGUGUGAAGCGGUUAGAUAGCGUGUGGGGUGCUUGGUUUUUCUUUAGUUUCUACUUCAAGCCCGUUUUGAAGGAGAAAACAAAGAGUAAUGGAGCCCGGGAAAGUAAUGGAGUUUCUGGGUCUGAUAAGUCGGAUCUCCACCUUGAUGUCUUUCUCGUUCAGCACGACAUGGAGAACAUGUACAUGUGGGUUUUCAAGGAGAAGCCUGAGAAUGCAUUGGGUAAGAUGCAGUUGAGGAGUUACAUGAAUGGGCAUUCGCGACAGGGCGAGCGCCCGUUUCCAUUUAGUGUGGACAAGGGUUUUGUUCGAUCUCAUAGAAUGCAACGGAAACAUUAUAGGGGACUUUCGAAUCCUCAGUGUGUUCAUGGGAUUGAGCUUGUUUCAUCACCCAAUCUCAUGGGUCUUGAUGAGGAAGAGCAGAGGAAGUGGGUGGAACUUACGGGCAGGGAUUUGAAUUUCUCUCUCCCACCUGAAGCAAGGGACUAUAGUUCGUGGAGGAACCUUUCCAACACUGAUUUUGAGCUUGAGAAAGAGAGACCACUUCCUACAUUGAAGAGUAAUCCACACCCGCAGCCCAAGAAAAUGCUAAACGGGUCCGGAUUAAACUUGUCAACUCAGCCAUCAAACCAUGUGAAUGGUAAUGGAAUAGACAUAUUACCAGUUUAUAACAAGAGGAGGAAGGAGAUGUUUCCACAUGGUACUGAUGAUGAUUACCGUUUGACCAUAAAUCCGCAUUCCGAUCGACAUCAAGAUAUAGAUAUCCACGCAAUGGAGCCGUCAUGGAUGAACGAGUUUAGUGGAGUAAUGAGGAAUGUGAAUGGGCCUGUUAUGGCUGCUAAAACUAUCUAUGAGGAUGAAGAAGGGUAUUUGAUCGUCAUCACCUUGCCCUUUGCGGACCCCGAAAGCGUGAAAGUUCAUUGGUGGAACAAUCUCACUCAUGGUGUUGUGAAAAUAUCUUCGGCGAGUACAGCUUGCAUGCCUUUUGUCCACAGGAAUGAUAGAACAUUCAAACUCACUGAUCCAUCUCCUGAACACUGUCCUCCGGGGGAAUUCAAAAGGGAAAUUCCUCUUGCCACUCGAAUUCCAGAUGAUGCCAAGCUAGAAGCGUACUUUGACAAAAGUGGAACGGUGCUUGAGAUUUUAGUGCCAAAACACCGGGUGGGACCUGAGGAACAUGAGGUUCCUGUUUGCCUUCGCCCUCCCAACGAUUUUUUGUUGUCUUGAUUGAGGCAUUUGGUGGGAGAAAUGUAAGGAUAUUUAUUGUUGUCCAAUUCUUUUUACUUAUUACAUCCCAAAAAAUAAGACUCGGAAACAAAGUUUUAUCCUCGCUAAUUUAGGUAGUCCUUUUCAGUUUCUGAAUCAUAACUUAUUGUUAUGGUUUUGUUUUUUGGCUUAUUGGAUAGAGUAGUCUGGGAUUGUACCUGAGCUUAGAAGUUUUAGUGCAAAGGUCAAUGGUAAGGAUCGCGUUACUUUGUUGCUAAUCUUAUACUAUUUGCCAGUUUCUGGAAACAGCUUGAUACCAAAUUAUCUUCUGGUGUUCCAGGUUUCUGGAAACAUACAGUGCAUCACUUCUGAUGAAUGUUGCUUUGGCCUUCAUAUUUUGUGAUGCAUGAGGGGGAUUAUGUAAUAGAUUGUAGUGGGUUUGUAUAUAAGUUUGGUACUGCUGCUGGAAUUGGAGAAUUUGUUGACAAUUGAUUCUGUUAAUUUAUUUUCUCUUACGAUGACA